CAACAAAAUCUCCUUCGCUGCCGCUUCUACUAUGGUUAGAGUUUCCAGACACGGCUUUUACGGAGGAGAAUAAAGCGCCAAACCUGUUUUACAUUCAACGAUCUCAUUAGCUCUUAUUUUAUUUUGUAUGAACAUUUGGUUUUAUGAUGCCCAAUAACAGUGAAAAUUAAAUCGAAUAAUUAUAAACAGCAAAUGGUUUUAUUUUGGUAGCGAAGCAAUGUUUGUGUUCAAUAACUAUCUUAAGAUGAAAUUAGAAGUUUUCUUCAGGGAAAACAGUUUUAUUCAUUGAUAUGAUUAAAAAGUUAUCAGAUUCAUGGAGGCAACAAAAGCAAGGAUUGCCUGAUCACAAUCAAGACUUACUGUUCAGUAAAAUACAAAAUAAAAAUCCAGAGCAACCAAUUGACAAUUUUCAAAUAAUAUCUCCUGUCAUAUCUGACAAAGUCAAAAAAAAAGCUGAGAUUUCAGGCAUUUCCUUGGUUGAUUGGGACUGUGGUGAUUCCAUACUGUUAAAUGUAAAUAAAGAGUGUGAUAAAAGUUUUUAUUCAAAUUUGCAUGUAGAAUCCUCAUUUUCACACACAAUAAAACACAAAAAUGCCACUGACUUGGUUUGUAUACAAAAUGAGGCUUCGUUUCUUCACAACAAUACUAGUUGCAGUUUAUUAGACUUCGACCUUCCAACAACUGUCAUAGAAAAGUACAAGAAAAAUGGCAUUGAAAGUUUGUUUUUAUGGCAAAAAGAAUGCCUGUUGACUGGAAAAGCUUUAGAGGGUGGAAAUUUAGUUUAUUCAGCGCCAACAAGUGCAGGGAAGACACUUGUUGCAGAACUGCUUAUGUUGAAGCGUGUUUUAAAGACAAGGAAAAAGGUUAUUUAUAUACUUCCUUUUGUGAGUGUUGCCAGAGAAAAAGUUUACAGCUUACGGGAUCAGUUUGAAGAUUCAGGUAUUACAAUUGGAGGAUUCAUGGGAAAUGAAAACACUGCUGGUGGUUUAAAUACAGUUGAUAUUGCUGUAUGUACUAUUGAGAAGGCCAACUCCUUAAUAAAUAAGUUAAUGGAGAGCAAGAAAAUUUUGGAUUUGUGCUGUGUAGUGGUUGAUGAGAUGCAUAUGAUAGGUGAUGUUGGUCGUGGCUACUUACUUGAGUUGUUACUCACAAAAAUCAAGUUUUUAACAGCAAGUAAUGAUGCUGAAAUACAAAUUAUAGGCAUGAGUGCAACACUUCCUAACUUAGACAUGCUUGCAAAGUGGCUUAAAGCAGAUUUAUACUUUACUAAUUUUCGUCCAGUUCCUUUAACAGAACAUAUAAAGGUUGGGAAUCAUAUACUAAACAGUAGUGGAAAAGAAGUGUCGAUAGUUAGUAAUUAUGGAGGCAUCAAAGGGGAUGAAGAAGGAAUUAUUCCAUUGUGUGUUGAAACAAUAGUAGAAGGAAACUCAGUACUUAUUUUUUGUCCGACAAAAAAUUGGUGCGAGAAACUUUCAGAAACAAUAUCUGAGUAUUUUCUUCAAAACCCUAUGGGAAUUUCUUUCAAAACUUCAUCAGAAUCUAAUCAUAAAAAAUCUGGUUUUCCAUUGAUAAGCAAAGUUCUGAUUGAAGAUGUCAUAGAACAGCUGCAGCGAACACAAGUCGGACUUGACAAAAUGUUGGAGAAGGUUGUUCGACAAGGAGUAGCUUAUCACCAUGCUGGUUUAACUAUUGAUGAACGAGAUAUUUUAGAGGGUGCUUUUAGAAGAGGUGUUUUACGAAUUCUUGUUGCUACAUCUACUUUAUCAUCAGGUGUAAAUCUUCCAGCACGUAGAGUCAUUAUUCGAUCACCUAUUUUUCAUGGUCAACUGUUAGAGCCUAUGGUUUACAAACAAAUGGCAGGUCGUGCAGGUCGUAAAAAUGUUGACUCAGAAGGUGAAAGUAUUUUAAUAUGUAAACCAACUGAAAAGCAAAAAGGCCUAUCGCUCUUGACUUCAGACCUUGUCCCUGUAUAUAGUUGUUUGCUACAUGGAGAAGGUAAUUCAAAGACUUUAAAGCGAGCCUUACUUGAAGUAAUUGCUGCAGGAGUAGCAAGUCAACCAGAACAUGUUCAAUUGUAUGCUCAGUCCACAUAUUUACAUGUGUGUCUUUCAGCAAUAAGUGAUAAAGAUCCUGAUCAAUCAAUUAGUGAUACAAUGAAGUUUUUAAUUGACAAUGAGUUUAUUAGACUGGAAAAAGUCAAUAAUGAGCAAGAAGAGAAUUACUUUGCUACUCAGCUUGGUUCAGCAACACUUGCUUCUUCACUUUCUCCUGAUGAAGCACUUCUUGUACUUGGUGAAUUAAGAGAAGCAAGGAAGCGGUUUGUUCUUGAAAAUGAGCUGCAUAUAAUUUAUCAGGUCACACCAAUAUAUUUACAAGACCAAUGGCCAGAAUUAGAUUGGCAAAUUUAUUACAAUAUAUGGGAAAAGUUACCAGCAGAAUUUAAAGCUGUUGGAGAGUUAGUUGGGGUUCAAGAAAGAUUUUUAGCAAGGGCUUUUCGAAAUGGCGUUCAACAAAAAAAUGAGAACCAGAUGCGUGUUCUUCGAAUUCAUAAAAGAUUCUAUGCUGCUCUAAUACUGCAAGACCUUGUAAAUGAAGUUCCACUUUCACAUGUUAGCAAUCGUUACAAAAUUAACCGAGGUUUGCUCCAGUCUCUGCAAAAUUCGGCUUCAACAUUUGCUGGGAUGGUAACUGUUUUCUGUCAAAAGUUAGGCUGGUCCUGUUUAGAGUUGUUACUUGAGCAAUUUCAAAGUAGACUGUCGUUUGGUGUGAGCAGAGAACUUUGUAACUUGGUGCGUAUUCCACUUUUAAGUGGUUUUAUGGCGCGAACUUUUUAUGAGAAAGGAUACCAAACUGUUAGUACUUUAGUUAGUGCAUCUGUAGAAGAUAUUGCACGGAUAUUGCGAGAUGCUAUACCUUUUGAAAGUAAGAAAAGUUUAAACAAGUUAAGCUCUCAAUCUAAAAGGAGAAGAAAUGCAAGAAAUAUCUGUUUGGUAGGUCAAGAAGGUCUUACAGAUCAGCAUGCCGCCUGUUUGAUUAUUGCAGAAGCCAAGCGAAUACUUGCUGCCGAUGCUGCCUUGUUAGGGAUUCCUAUUGAUAAAAUACUAGAUAUUCAAAGUUCUUUUACAAAAAAUGGAAAAAGGUCACCAUGCUCAAAUAGCUCUCCAAAAAUUACACCAAAAAGUUCAAUAAAGCGUUCCAAUAAAAAAAGAAACCAUUCCUUUGAAGAAUCUUUUGAAAAACGUAGUAAAAGAGUAUUUUGUAUAGAACGUGCAGAAGUAACUGAAAAUGUUGAACAUGUUAAAGAAUGUGUUCAAAUUACAAGCAAUCAAGAAGUAAGACCCACCGAAAUAUUUAAACAGUGUCAACUAAACACAAUGGUAAAAAAUGCAGAUCAUACUCUGACUUCAAUUUCAUCACCAAAUCUUAUUAUUCAAUUUGAAGAAAAAAACAGUCUAUUAGAUUAUUCUCCAUGUUUAAUAAACACCCCAAAAGAAGAAGUUACAAAUCUAGUAGGUGAAAAAUUGUUAGACAAACCUCUUAUUGGUUCAUCUGAAAACCUUUUGAUAUCAGACGAAAAUGUUACUUGCAGUCCAAUUGAUUUUUCUUUGAGAAUAUCAAGCUCGGAUAACACAAUUGAAAAUGUUAUGUUAGUUCCUCCUUUACAAUUGAUUGACAAAUUCGAAGAAGCAUUAGUUUCUAGUUCUAGUACACCGUUGUGCAUUGAAAGUAAAAACUCAAGAAAUAAAAAUUGUGACGAAGAAUUUGCAAUGGAUUCAUUAUGUGGCUUGACAUUUAAUGAGGCGAUUUCUGUUGAUUUUCAAAAAAACAGAACCUUAGUGGAAUCACAAGGAAAAGAUUUUCUUAUUAUAGAUGUUGGCUCUGACAAAGUCCUCUUUCAAACUUUUCUUAAGGAAUGGAAACAACAAACAAGAUUUAGUCUCUGUCUGGCUUGUGAAAAUGUUACUGAGGAUUCAUGCAAAGGAAUCAGAAAAGAGAAAAAAAUUAAAUACACACAAUUGGAGCCAAAGUAUCCAAGCUGUUCUAAUGUUAAUCCAGAAAAAAUAAUAACUGGAGUCGCUGUUUGCUGGGGAUCAAAAGAUGCUUUUUUUUUAAACUUAGGUUCAAGCGAAUAUACUGGUAACAAUUUUCAUUACGCAAAAGACCGAAUUUCAGCGUUUAAACAUCUUUUAAAAAGUAAAACUCAAUGUCAGUUAAUAGCAUUUGAUAUAAAAGAACAAUUGAAACUUUUGUAUCAGCUGGUUGGAUCAUUGCUAAACCCAAUUAAUCUUUUAGAUCCAAAAGUAGCACAUUGGAUGUUGUGCCCGAAUGAACGUGAAAAAAAUCUCUAUGCACUUGCAAAUCAGUUUUUAAAUAAAGAGUUUAUUGGAUUUAUUGAAGGGACAGGAUAUUUUCGAGGUACAGGUGGGUUGGGACAAGGUAUUGAUUUACGUACGUGUGCAUGUAUUGAAGCAGUCACAGUUUACCAUCUUAUGGAGGAAAUGGAACUUCGAUUAAAGCGUGAAGAUUUGAUAAAAUCUUUUGUUGAUAUAGAAAUGCCAACUAUUCGCACCUUGCUCGUGAUUGAAAUUAAUGGUAUAGGUUUCUCAGAUAUUGAAUGUGAAAAGUUAAAAGAAAUUUUAAAGGGGAAACUUGAUUCUAUACAACAAGAAUGUUAUAAACUUUCUGGAUCGGUCUUUUCUUUGUCAUCACCAGCUGAUGUUGCUAGAGUUUUGUUUACUGAGCUAAAUCUACCACCCGGUGGCGAAUAUAAUCUAAAUCAUCAAAGACAAAUGAGAAGCAAAGUUACUGGAAAAAAAUUAAAAUCAAUUUGCACUUCUAAAGAAGUUCUUGAAAAGUUGAGCAAGUUUCAUGCUUUGCCUAAAUUAAUUUUGGAAUGGCGCAAAAUAAACAGUACUCUUACUAAAUUUGUGUAUCCAGUGCAAAGAAGGAAGCGCUCUUCAGAUGUUUUACAAAUGCAUAGAAUAUUCACUGAAGCUAUAUAUAGAACUUGUACCGGUAGAGUCACGUUUUCUGAGCCUAACCUUCAAAAUGUACCGAAAGAGUUUGAUAUAAAGCUUUCUAGCUUAGUCGUGAAAAGCCCUCCGCAUCAAAUUACAGGUAAUAAAAAACACAAAAGACAACUUGUAUCUUCAACUCGACCCUUAUUAAGUCAGCAGAAAGACAAACAUAUUGGUUCUUCUACUACUGAAAUGUUUACUGUCAGUAUGCGCAGUACGUUUGUUCCUUUUUCUUCUGGUGUUAUGGUAGCCGCUGACUAUGAGCAAUUAGAGUUAAGAAUAAUCGCUCAUAUGUCGCAGGAUCAAAUACUUAUAAAAACUUUAAAUGAAUCGGGAGACGUGUUUAAAAGUAUAGCAGCCGAAAUAAACCAUAUAAAUGUAGUCGAUGUUACCACAGUACAAAGACAGCAUGCCAAGCAAAUUUGUUAUGGGAUAAUAUACGGUAUCGGAAUAAAAGCACUAAGUCAUCAACUUGGUGUUGAAGAAAACGAUGCUUCUGAAUAUAUGGAAAAGUUUAAAAAUCGUUUUAAAGGCGUUAAGCGUUUUAUACAAAACACAAUUGAAGAAGCCAGAGCAAAUGGGUUUGUUAAAACCUUGGGAGGAAGAAAGCGAUACUUACCAGCAAUCAAUUCAAAGAUUACCAAUGACAAAUCGCAUGCGGAAAGACAAGCAGUAAAUACAACAAUCCAAGGUUCUGCUGCUGACCUAGUAAAAAUAGCUAUGAAUAACAUUGAUAUAAAGUUAAAUGAAAUUUUUGGUAACAGCUGCUUUAAUAAGCUGGCUGAAAAAUCCCAGCCCAAAGGUGCAUAUCUUGUUUUACAAAUCCACGACGAACUCUUGUAUGAAGUGAACAAAGAAAAUGUUGAUAUCGUAAUAAAAUUAAUUCGUCGUGAAAUGGAAUCAGCAAUUAUUUUAAGUGUUAAAAUGCCAGUGAAGGUAAAAAUUGGUUCAAGUUGGGGAACUUUAAAAGAUAUCUAAUUAUAAAUAGCUAAAUUUUCUAAAUUAAAAUAAUUAAAUUUUUUUUUUUUGAAUGUUUAAACAUUCUGUGAAUGUAAAAUGAAGUUUUACUAUGUAAAGCGAUUUGUUUACUGUUAAAAUGUGAAAAAAAAAGUGUAAUUUAAAAAAAGUGUAAUUCU